CCUCUCCCUAGCACAUUCACAAGCAGCACCACGAGUGGACGGCUCCAAUCUCAGUUACCGCCAUCUACUGUCAUCCCAUCGAGCACACAUUCAGCAAUCUGUUGCCGCCCUUCCUCGGGUUGACAAAAGUGGGCGCUUGCGUUUGGUUUGUGGCCUACAUAGUUGUGUUCACAGCCGAUUCUCUGUACUGUGGCCUAGUCGACAUGAAAGUCAACCGACUCAGUCGGCUGUUCUACAUCAAUCUUUUCAGUUGAUAUUUUCAAUUUCUAUCAUGGAUAUGUCGCUGGCUACCGCUGGCCUUGAUUGGGCACGCAGUGUGGACGCAGCCAUGGACCAACGCAGCCAAGCUUACCAGGCUGGGCCAGCGACUCGACCAAUAUGUGGAAGCAGGACUGAAAUUUUUAAACAG